AUGGCCGUCCUUAAAUUUCUCGCCCUAUAUCUCUGUCUAAUUUCAAUUCUGACCCGUAUCCCCAAUCCAUCUGUGGCGGCGGCGGUUUCUGCGGACGCCGUAGCUCGGAACAAAAUCCGCCGAGAAAAAUCACGCGCGGCCGAUACGAAUACCAGUACCCUGAAGAACGCCGAUCGGGUCGACCCGAAACGCGGCUGCGGGGAUAUGGGCACCAGAUCCGAAUGCGGUUCGAACCCUAGGUGCAGGUGGUGCCGGAGCGAGGCUCUCGACGACACGUGCUUCUCCAAAUCUGAAGCUUGGAGGCUGCCGUCACAGGUGUUCUCUUGUGAAUUCUGA